UAGUAGUAGACUAUAAAAUCCCAUCACAGACGACUCUCAGCGUUUUACGGUACCGUACGGUCUCUCUUGUCUCCACAGGCCACAGCACACUCUCACGAACUGCAAGCGAUCUCUACGAUUGCCUGUUGGUGUUCGAUUCUUCAUUCCAUAACUCGAAGAAUCAACACCGUCCAAUCCAUCAUCAUCAUCUCUCAUUUCCUCCGAUCAGAUCCACAAAAUUCCUCGAUCUGAUCUACCAGCGCCCGUGAUUUCCUCGUCUAUUGCAAUCCAAUUCAGAUUUGUAUGGGAACAGAGGAGAUUGAGAAGGAAAUGAACGCGGCCAAUUGGUUUUCGCAAUUAGCUUAUGACCGGUGGGUACCAAUCCCUGUCUCCGGCGCAAGACCAUCAGCUCGCUACAAGCAUGCUGCAGCAGUUGCUGAUGAUGAUGGGAAAUUAUAUAUAGCUGGCGGGAGUCGUACCGGGCGGUAUUUGCCUGAUGUCCAGGUUUUUGAUUUUAGAGGUUUGAUGUGGUCUAGUUUAAAGUUCAAAAGUAAAGUAGAUGGUGGAAAAGGUGAAGAGAAUGGUGCACCGGAAGUUCUUCCAGCUACUUCAGAUCAUAGUAUGGUUAAGUGGGGAAACAAACUUCUUCUCCUUGGUGGGCAUUCGAAGGCGAAUUCUGAUAGCAUGAUAGUGAGGUUCCUUGAUCUAGAAACACAUGCUUGUGGUGUUAUCGAGACUUCAGGAGAAGCUCCGGUGUCCCGAGGGGGGCAUUCGGUUACACUAGUUGGUUCUAGACUGAUAAUUUUUGGUGGAGAGGAUAGGAACAGGAAAUUGCUGAAUAAUGUUUAUGCCCUUGACUUGGAAACAAUGACUUGGGAUGUGGUAGUGACAAAGCAGACACCUCCAGCUCCCAGAUUUGAUCACACAGCUGCAAUAAAUGGGGACCGCUAUCUUCUAAUCUUUGGUGGCUGUUCUCAUUCAAUCUUCUUCAAUGAUCUCCAUGUACUCGACUUGCAGACUAUGGAGUGGUCCCAGCCCGAAGUUCAAGGUGAUUUGGUGACUCCUAGGGCUGGUCAUUCUGGUGUAACCAUUGGUGAGAACUGGUAUAUUGUUGGUGGUGGAGAUAACAAAAAUGGUUGCCCAGAGACCCUUGUGUUAAAUAUGUCUAAGCUUGCUUGGUCAGCAUUGGCUAGUGUAAAGGAAAGAGAUCCACUUGCUAGCGAGGGACUUAGUGUUUGCUCAGUAUUAAUUAAUGGAGAGAGGCAUUUGGUUGCCUUUGGUGGCUAUAAUGGGAAAUACAACAAUGAGGUUUUUGUUAUGAGACUUAAACCAAGAGAUGCAUUGCGUCCAAAGAUUUUUCAGUCACCAGCAGCAGCUGCAGCUGCAGCUUCUGUUACUGCUGCAUAUGCCUUGGCCAAAUCCGAGAAGUUAGAUUUCUCCAAAUUAAAUCUGAACUCUAAUGGAACUGGAAAGAAUUCUACUGAACAAGAUUUAGCAUUUGAAAUUGAUGCACUGAAAGAAGAGAAAAAGGUGCUGGAAUUGUCCCUCGCAGAAGUCAGAGCAGAAAAUUAUAGGGUUACAGAAAAGAUUGAUGAAGUUAAUGGUACUCAUGCAGAACUCUCCAAGGAACUCCAUUCUGUCCAAGGUCAACUAGUUGCUGAGAGAUCAAGAUGCUUUAAACUUGAGGCACAAAUUGCCGAGUUACAGAAGAUGAUGGAAUCAUUGCAGUCCAUAGAGAAUGAAGUACAACUACUUAGAAGACAGAAGUCUGCACUGGAUCAGGAGAUAGAGCGUAGUGCAGCUCAAAGACAAGGUUCUGGUGGUGUCUGGCGAUGGAUAGCUGGCUAAAGUGGCAUAUCACAGAACCGCUUGAAGCCAUUGCCUCAAAAUUGUGCCAAAAUGUUGGCAGCCGAAGCCAUCUCAAGCUAAUAGGAAUGCUAUUAUCUUAUGCUGCCCCUUGUGUGUAUCUGGUCAAUGUGUGCUUGCAGGCUUUGCUAUCCCUUGGCCAUUUUUAGAGUUUAUUUGGGAGGUUUAAGUUAGAAACGGGUACAGCUUGUAGUCUGUGAAGUCACGCUGUUGUUUUUCUCUGUGAAAUGGGUAAUUGUUUGAUUUUUCCCCUCCCCAUUCAUGACAUUGAUUUUAUUUGUUCUGUACAAUUGAAUUAUUCUUUCCGCACACCAUAAAUUUCAUUGGAUAUCAUAUAAUAAACAAUUAGUUUUUAUUUUA